UAAGUUUCCGCCAGUCACUUCUCAGCCAGCCAAACAUUGGUACUGUUGUUCCUACGCGCGUCUGUCCCGCAGCCCGGGGUCGCGUUGCCUUGAGUGUUUCCGCUGGUCACGACAGCAGCGAGGAGCUUCUGCUUACUUGUCGACUUACAAGUGAACGGCUCUGCAUCUCUGGGAUCCACUAUCGCCAUAACUGAGAUUUGCUAUCGCUGUAACGACGCUGAAUAAAAAGUUAAUACUGAAAGCCAGAAUUGAGCCGGUCCCAGUAAAAGAAAUGCUGCAAUGAUGGUCGUGGUGGACUUGAGAGUUUUCACGAUCUUGGCCUAAGUGGAGGCUGCGAGUGCCAUCAUUAGCAACGAUUUUUGACUGAGUUGUCAGCACUAUCAGGUGUGUUCACUUUAGUGAGGCAAGAACAGUGAAUUUGGAAGAUGCUACUGCUGUGAUAUAGUGGUGUCUAUCUCCCUGAGGGUAACCGGAAGAUCUGGCUCUUCAUCAUGGCUUCUGGGUUUGAAGGCGACAAUGUACUGGUAACAAUGUCAAGGAUGAUGAGGCUGUGCUGCCCAGACCCCGCCACAACGCUGAUAGCCCCACCACUACCUUCCCACGGCUCUUUGCUAGAGGAUCCCCAUCAGGUUACCAAUCCUUUGGGCGGUCUUCAUCAGGGCGGCCGCUACACUAUCCUGCCCACUAUAUCCGUGGUGGCACCAUGGGAUGACCCUGUCCACCACAACCUUGUUAAGGACAAUGCUUUGAGUGACAGCAACGCUGUAACUUAUGUGGUCACACCCACACCUGUCCUCCCACCGCCUACUCCUGCGGCCCGGCCUUCAUGGGUGGGUGACGCGGCACUCAACGCCACCCACCGCUUCUACAAUGUACUGCGGGCGGUGAUGCACGGCGGGGAGCUCGAGGCUCGUCCCGCCCUCAGGGGCGAGGACAAACGUGGCGUGGAGGAGUUCUCGACGGGAGUGACGCCGCGGUCCUCCAUUCAGACUGCCAUCAACUCUGGCCUAGACCCCGCCAUCUCACCCCUUAUCCAGGUGUGCGCGGCUCUGGCAGUGGUGGUGGUAGUGAUGGUGCUGCUCUUCCACUGGCAUCACGUGCGCCAAGAGUGUCUGAGGGAGCGCCGCGCCCUCCGCCGCCUGGCUCGGCGAUAUGGCAUGGCUCGUGACCUCUACCAAGAAGACGACGACUUAGAGAAGAACGACUCCUCUCAUGUGACAGACGUAACGCUCUGACACACACACACACACACACCACCGCUUAACUUAACAGUUGGCGGUCAAGAGAGAUCAAGACAAUUAACACACACACGCUUCGGCAAACACUUUCCUCCACCAUUAAUUCAGUAAAUAUGGCUCUACAGCGACGUUCUGUGAUUCACUUUCGGCAAAGAACCGAGAUGUGAAACGCCGCAGCCAGAAUGUAAUGCAGAUAUGCAGAUGACACAGUUGCCUCAGGGGGUAUUGAAACAGACUCCAUAAGACCAGAAGCACAAGUUUGAAUCUGAUGAUUUACUGUCCUCGCAAGCAUUAACUCUUUCUUAGGUGUCCACUGUUGAGCUGAGGACGCUUCGCAUUGCCCAGAUACAGAACUGAGCUUACUUGAAGAUUACGAAGAGCUACUCGAUAUCUUUUCUUUUUUAAAUAUUGGAUUGUCGAUACCUCGUUUUAUGUUUUAUGAUCGGCAGCUGAUAGUUUGUUAGAGGGGCUGUUGUCACUGAAAUCUUCUGGCCACGAAGAUGUACCCAGAAGGCUUACAACUUAUUUGGGGGUUACAUGAACUAUGCAAGUUGUCAAAUGGGGCUCUCAGGACAACUGGGUUUAGGUGAUAUAGAUCAUAUGAAUAUGCCUAGAAGUGAAAAUUGGCAAGAAUUCACGUCACUGUCAGUUGUUGAUAGUGCAGAAUGCUCAUUAGCAGAUUUCAUAUUAUACAUAUACUUCUUUUCAUCCACCUCCACAAAGGUGUAAGGAUUUGACAUCCCCAUCUCCAGCCUGCAGUUCAAAUGUCCGAUGUAUCUCUAGUUUGUUGUCACUAAUUGCGUUUUAAACCCAGUACUUAAGGAUUAUAUUUCAACAGAUUCUUCAACUGAUGUGUUACUCUGGACUUGCAUUUUGAAUAUUCUGGAGAAUGAUGAGUGUGUUACAUAUACUGUAAAUCUAAAUUUAUUGUCCUAGUCCGAGAAUGAAUGGUAUGUUAGUGUGUGCUGGUCUUGUAGCACUGGUGCACAAACUGAUGCCAACUGCUGAUGAAGCAAAUAAACACCUGAAGGGUGCCUGUGUUCCCUAUACUCCCUCUCUUCAAAAUGACCUGCUCUAUCUAAGGAAAAAAAAGGUCCACCUGAGAUUCUUGAAAGGUAAAUGGAGUAUAGGAAAUAGAUAUCCCUGUGACCAUAAGCUGUCUUUCUUAUUUUUUCUUAAAUGGAGAAUUCAUAGGAAGAUUGCUUAAGGGCGCUGCCGUGGUACAGUGGGGCCGCGUGUGCUGUGGGGGCUGAGGGGUCCUCAGGUGCACAGGUUUGGAUCCUGGCCACGGUCCGAGGGUAGGAAGGGCAUCCACUCGAGAUAACCAUUUCCAAUGCCAAAUCCAAAGUCCUUCAUUAGAAGGUAUCGUCCUAGCUCUAAUAAGCUAGAGAAACCGGACAGGAAAAAAAAAAAAAAAAAAUAGGGAGAUUGCAUAAAUUUGAUGAUCGUACAGAUUCAAAAUCUUCUGAAAUAAUUCCUAAUAAAAAAUAGGAGAGUGAAUUGCUAUUUAAAAAAAGUGAGUUGGUCUGCUUUUCUUUGUACAGAGUUGUUUUGUGAAGAAACUAAUAUUACUAUUACACUUUCUAGAA